AUGGAGGCCUCCGUGGGCGAAUGGAAGCUGGCCCUCAGCCGAGCCCAGCAGGCUCUGCAGGACGACCGCAAGCUGUCGGACGCCUGGGCCCUCCGCGGCCGCGCCCGACUCGAGACCGGCGAGCCCGCACGGGCCAUGGCGGACCUGUUCCGCGCGCUCGAGUACUCGCCCAACGACCGCGACGUCUUGGCGGACCUGGCUCGCCUGUACGGCCAGCGACAGCAGCCCCACAAGCGAUUGGCCACGGUGCACCGGUUGAUCGAAACCUUCCCGCACGGGGAGGCGCCGGUCGAUCCACUCAUCAUGGAAGCCGACGCGUACGCGUCGCUUGGCAGGAAUGAGGACGCCGCGGCCGGGCUCCGGCGGGCGGCGGAACGCUGGCCGCAGGACCCGGUGUUGCUGUGUCGGCUGGCUGAGGCCGAGGCCGCCGCUGGGCGCAAACUCGCCGCGGUCGCCGCGGUCCAGCAGGCGCUGGCGGCGGAUGGGAACCACCUGCCUAGUCAGCACCUGCUGGCCCGCGGCGACAGCCCCAGCACUCCAGCCAGCAGGCUCACGUUGUUCAUUGGCCCGGUCUUCUCACGUGAAGCCCUGACCGCUCCGCGGCGGGUGCGAUUCUAUGCGGUCCCUUGUCUGUUUGUCGCGACGCUGCUGGGGCUAACGCUCACCGCCUGGCAGGUGCUUGUGGGAUCUCAGAACGUCACCAACCCGGGCGACCUGGCGCGGUUCGGCGCGGCGGCGUUUACGCUGCUCGCGCCGCUGCAGCUGACGGUGUGCGUCUUGUUCUCGGCGCUCCUGUCCGCGGCAGCGGUUUCUCAGGAGAAGGACCGCAAGACCCUGAUCCUGCUCUUGCUCUCAGAUUUGACGAAUUCCGAGCUGGUUGUCGGGAAGCUGUUGGCCAGCAUGCUUACGGUGUUGAUGGUGAUCGCGGCCAGUGUGCCGUUUUUCAUGCUCCUGACGCUGCUGGGCGGCGUGACCUACGCCCAGGUGGCCCGCGUCACGGCCGUAACCGUGGUGGCGGCGCUUGCCGCCGGCAGCCUGGGAUCGACGGUCGCGCUGUGGCGGGAGAAGACCUUUCAGGCGUUGGCCAUCACGGGCCUGGUGAUCGUCCUGUGGCUGGUGGGCUGGGAGUUCGCCGCGGCGGGAGGUUUAAAUGACGUCGCGCCACAGGCGGCCGCCUGGGCGGCCAUUAUGAGCCCCUGGCAGGCGAUGCAGAUUGCGGUGCAGCCCGCGUAUGCCGAAGCCGGCGUUGGUCGCUCGGUGACGAGCUUCCUGAUCGCCGGCGGUUUGCUGGUAGUGCUGCUCAACGCGGUCGCCGUCGUGAUGGUGCGUGUCUGGAACCCGUCCCGCGAGGCGCGGCCCACCGGCCCCGACGCCCAGUCAAACGACGACGCGUGGAUCACCGACGAUCCGGCCGCCGCGGACGCUCGGCGGCUCCAAUCGCACAAGGCGCCCGGCAAUCCACGGCACGUGUGGGACAACCCGAUCCUGUGGCGUGAGGUCCGUACCUGGGCCUACGGCAAGAAGAUCCUGGUGGUGAAGCUUGGCUACCUGUUCAUCUUCGGCCUAGCCGCCUUUGGGGCUGCGGUGGCGAACAACGCCGACACCGCCAGCGGCGAGGCCGCCGCGACGAUUUCUACCUCCACGACCAUGCUGGCUCCGCUCUUCGUGCUGAGCGUUGUGCUGGUCAACGCGUUGUCGGUCACCUCGCUGACGAACGAACGUGACCUCAAGGCGCUGGACCUGCUGCUGGCGACUGACCUGACGCCCAAGGAGCUGAUCUUCGGCAAGCUGGGCGGAGUCCUCUACAACGCUAAGGAAAUGAUCCUGCUUCCGAUGGCGCUGUGCGUCUACCUGUGGUGGACCGGCAGCCUGGGGGGCGAGAACCUGGUGUUCCUGCUCAUUGGAUUGGCGGUGGUGAACGCCUUCGCCGCGAUGCUGGGGCUACACGCCGGCAUGAUGUACCCGAACUCUCGCCAGGCGAUCGGCGCCAGCAUUGGCACGCUGCUGUUCUUGUUCCUUGGCGUGACGACCUGCAUGCGGAUGAUGCUGGCGCUGUCUCAGUCGUUUGAGUACCAGCUGGCGCCGUUCCUCGGCUUCAUGCUCGGUGGCGGAAUCGCGUUGUUCGCCGCCCUCGGCUGGCGAAACCCCUCCUCGGCCAUGGGGCUGGCUUGCUUCACCGCCCCGUUCGCGGUGUUCUACGCCAUCGUCAGCUUCCUGCUAGGAAAUUACGACUGGGUGUUCGCCGCGACCGUCGCCACGUUCGGCUUCGCCACGAUGGCGAUGCUCGUGCCGGCCCUCUCAGAGUUUGAUGUCGCGACCGGGCGCACGACCUCCGGGGACGCGUGA